AGGUGACGGCGCGGGGGCGGUGGAGGCCGGGGCUGAGGGGCAGCAGUGGCGCUGCGGGGCUGUUCGGGCAGGGCAGUCCGGGGCUGCGGCCAUGGGGGGCCUCAAGGACGAGCUGCUCAAGGCCAUCUGGCACGCCUUCACCGCGCUCGACCUGGACCACAGCGGCAAGGUCUCCAAGUCCCAGCUCAAGGUCCUUUCCCAUAACCUGUGCACGGUGCUGAAGGUUCCACAUGACCCCGUGGCGCUUGAAGAGCACUUCAGGGAUGACGAUGAGGGGCCUGUCUCCAAUCAGGGCUACAUGCCAUAUUUGAACAAGUUCAUUUUGGAAAAGGUCCAAGACAACUUUGACAAGAUUGAAUUUAAUAGGAUGUGUUGGACUCUUUGUGUCAAAAAAAACCUCACAAAGAGUCCUCUGCUCAUUUCAGAAGAAGAUGCAUUUAAAGUGUGGGUUAUUUUCAACUUUUUAUCUGAGGACAAGUAUCCAUUGAUUAUUGUGCCUGAAGAGAUUGAAUACCUGCUUAAGAAACUUACAGAAGCAAUGGGAGGAGGUUGGCAGCAAGAGCAAUUUGAACAUUACAAAGUCAACUUAGAAGACAGUAAAGUUGGCCUGUCAGUGUGGGAGCUUAUUGAACUGAUUGGAAAUGGACAGUUUAGCAAAGGCAUGGAUCGGCAGACGGUGUCUAUGGCAAUUAAUGAAGUCUUUAAUGAGCUUAUAUUAGAUGUGCUGAAACAGGGCUACAUGAUGAAGAAAGGCCAUAAACGGAAAAACUGGACUGAACGCUGGUUUGUACUAAAACCCAACAUAAUUUCUUACUAUGUGGGUGAAGAUCUGAAAGAUAAGAAAGGAGAUAUUCUUUUGGAUGAAAAUUGCUGUGUAGAGUCUUUGCCUGACAAAGAUGGAAAGAAAUGCCUUUUUCUGAUAAAAUGUUUUGACAAGACCUUUGAAAUUAGUGCUUCAGAUAAAAAGAAGAAACAGGAGUGGAUUCAGGCCAUUCAUUCUACUAUCCACCUGUUGAAGGUGGGCAGCCCUCCACCACACAAAGAAGCCCGCCAACGUCGGAAGGAACUGCGGAAGAGGCUGCUGGCUGAGCAGGAGGAGCUGGAGCGGCAGAUGAAAGAGCUCCAGGCUGCCAAUGAGAACAAGCAGCAGGAGCUGGAGACCGUGAGGAAGAAACUGGAAGAAGCAGCAUCUCGUGCAGCAGAAGAGGAGAAGAAACGCCUUCAGACUCAAGUGGAACUGCAGGCCAGGUUCAGCACGGAGCUGGAGCGAGAGAAGCUGAUUAGACAGCAGAUGGAAGAACAGGUUGCCCAAAAGUCCUCUGAACUGGAACAGUAUUUGCAGCGAGUGCGGGAACUGGAAGACAUGUACCUCAAGCUGCAGGAGGCUCUCGAGGACGAGCGACAGGCCCGGCAAGAUGAAGAGACUGUGCGCAAGCUUCAGGCCAGGCUGUUGGAGGAAGAGUCUUCCAAGAGGGCGGAACUGGAGAAGUGGCACCUGGAGCAGCAGCAGGCGAUCCAGAUGACGGAGGCCGAGAAGCAGGAGUUGGAAAACCAGCGCGUCCUGAAGGAGCAGGCCCUGCAGGAGGCCAUGGAGCAGCUGGCGCAACUGGAGCUAGAGCGGAAGCAGGCCCUCGAGCAGUAUGAGGGAGUUAAGAAGAAGCUGGAGAUGGCAACUAGUAAGACCAAGAGCUGGAAGGAUAAAGUGGCUCAUCACGAAGGAUUAAUCCGAUUGAUAGAACCAGGUGCCAAGAACCCUCACCUGAUCACCCACUGGGGACCUGCAGCUUUCACCCAGGCAGAACUGGAAGAGAGAGAGAAGAACUGGAAAGGGAAAAAGACUACCGAGUGAGCGGGGCGGCAGAGGUCGCGUCGGACGCGUGGACGCCACAGACGCCGAGUGUGGCUCGAGAGCUUUAUGCUAAAGACGAACAGAACUGGCUUGGCUGCUUCUAACCCUCUCCCCUCAGUGCCUCUAACUGGGUCGGCAUACUAAGGAAGCCUUCUUACUCCUCUUCCCACGAACAUGGGCUUACCCGAAGAGAAAAAGAGUCAAUAUUGUCAGAUCCUGUUAUUUAUUCCUCCUUGAAAGCUGCUUUGAGCAUGGCUGUUUCGCACUCUCACCUUCUUGUCCGGGUGAGGCAGUGUGGGAAUGGCCGGGGCAUGCCUCAGGUGCAGCCUGGGGAGGGCAGCAGGGCACUGAGUGGGCUGGUCUGCUUUGGACUGCCUGUUGGCUUUUCCCUUGGACAGCAUGCUUCCUUCUCCAAAGAUGUGUUUCUCAGAAGUGACUGGCCAGUCUGCCUGCCGCUCAUGCCAGUGGCCAUGGAAGGCCUUGAACCAUUGGUGCUCUGGUGGGGACGUCCCAGGGUCACUGCCAUCUCCUGGUUGCCCUUCUAGACGUGAGCUGAUUGUAGAGGUUCUCUCGCUUCUGCUAAGAUACUUUCCGUAAUGGGCACACACUGGGCAGUGCCAUCCCCUCUGCUUUCUCCUCACCUCAGAGGACAGCACCUCUCGGGCCGUACUCUCCAGUCAGCCCUCUGCCAUGCUUGUUCUCUUUGUCUCCGUCUCUAGCAGAUGAUCCCGUGCUGCCAAGUGCAUACCAGGCCAUGAGCGGAUUGUGUUGAGUAGUGGGAAGGAGCUAACUUGAAAUAAAAAUUAUUUGGGUAAUUUAUAAGGCAGAUGCUGUGUGCAUGGACAACAGGAAAUCCACAGUGUGCCUGCUAGUUAGGUGCAGCAUGGAAAGUCAGCAGUGGGUCAUUACAUGAACUAAGCCAUGGAGCUACCCUUCGCCAGGUGGGCAGCUUUUCUGGUGACGUGAAGGAGGAACGAGCCGGCAAAAAUAAGCCUAACAGGGCAACUGGGAUUUUCAUUUCAGUGGGUGGGAUUUGAAAGGCGUAUGAAGGAGCGUUUGCAUACAUGAACACACGAUCA